UAUCGAAACUACACAUGGUUUUGGAUUCCAAUCAUUGGUCCACUGACUGGUGGGGUUCUCGGAGCGUGGAUCUAUGAAUUAUUCCUUGGUAUGCAAAUGGUUGAGGUUAUUGAUGAAUUUCAUGCGGUACCGAAACGAUCCAAUCUUGGUGUGUCAAGAGUACAGUCCGAACCGCAGAUGAAUUCAAAUCUCGCUGAUCUGAAGUUGGCUUGCUGA